AUGCGGACAAACAUCACAGACCAAUGUUGUGCUGAAUCACUUAAUAGCAGCGAAUUCCGUUUGGUAACAUCAUUAUGGCCUUUCAGUGCCGUGAUUGUAACAUUUCUUCUAAUGAUCAUCAUCAAUGUAGCGACAAUCGUUGGGAACAUGAUUGUUAUUGUGGCAGUCACAAAGAUCGACGCACUGAAAAAAAUGGCGAACAACCAAGCUGUAAUUUCACUGGCGGUCGCUGAUCUCUUGGUUGGCUUGCUCGUUAUGCCAUGCGCCAUUGACAGUAUCUUAGUGGGGAGAUGGCGUUUUGGGCAUAUCUGGGGAAAGCUUAACGCCUUCGGAAAUUUCUGCUUCUGUAUUUCAUCAAUCAUGCAUUUAGCAUUGCUAUCUGUCGAUCGGUACAUUGCAAUAUCCCGCCCAUUGGGCUAUGUGUCUAUAGUAACCAAAUCUAGAGCGCGAAUCGCCUGUUGCUUUCUAUGGAUGUACUCAACUUUCUGGGCUUUGCCACCUUUAUUCGGCGUGAGCUCUUACGAAUGUUUUAUUCCUUACGUUGGAAAAUGUCUAAAAAAAGAUUGGGUUCAAACCCAAUUAGCACUCGCGUUCACUGUUGCAGUGGUCUGUGGGACAUAUGGGUCAGCGGUUGUCGUCAUGUUCUACGUUUACACCAAGAUAUUCGUCGCGAUUUAUAAACAAUCUAGAACAAUUGGAGUGGCCAUGGACGUAUUACGAAGAAAUAGCCUCGAAACAGCUAGGAUAAAUUCCCCGGCAAAGAAAGGCGUUAUAACAGUUUUAAUUGUUAUUGGAACGUACAUGGUUUGUUGGUCGCCAUUUUGUAUCCUUCUUUUCAUUCAAAUGAGCCAGGGAAAAGAGGCAGGAGGGCCGGCAGCAGAUCUAGUAACAAUGUUCAUUGGAUUCGCAAAUAGCGCUUGCAACCCAAUCAUUUACUGUAUAAGACACAGAGCGUUUCGUGAAGCAGCAAAGGCUCUGUUUUUAAGACAUGAAUUCUUCAAACGUAUCUUCAGAAAGCAGCGUCCAGUACAGCGGAGUUCUAGCAUACGACCGCGAACGACAACCUUGACGUCAUUCCUACAGUUAAGUGAAUGA